AUGGCAACUUGGAAGGAGAAAGGCGUGGUACCGGACUCCGACGACGAAGAUGGGCUAGAUAGCCAAAGCACGACGGGCUCCGAAAGCCCCAAUAAUGAGCCACGAUUUGACGAUGCAGUGGAACUCGAUGGGAAUGCUGGAGCUACAGCUAGAGAAGAUGGAGAUGGAGAUGGAGUUUCAAAAUUUAGUGGUGCUGCGGGCCUAGAAGUAAUACCACGGGAGCCAGAUGUCGCCACUGAACAAGGCCUGUUUCCCGGUGCAGCAGAAGACGUCGUCGAGAAUUUAUUUGAACAACUUGUUGAGGGUGGUGCCGACUUUCCAGAACCGACCCCAAGUUUUCCGAUGGGAAAUAAAGGUCUUCGACUAUUUUCGGACCUCGACAGAGACGACAAUCCUCAAGCUAAGGACGGUGUAUCACUUUCGCAAUCAGGAAAUGGGGUACCAGCAGAGGACGAGAUCUCAAGAAGCUAUGUCCAGAUCACUUCUCCGAUUUCGACGACACUCUCUUCUCCACUCUCCUCUCCACUCUCUUUUCAUACGAGCAGUGAGCCAACUCUACCUAUCAUUCGAAGAGAACAAUCAAUGUCUCCCUGUCCACAGCCAGAGGUACCUGAGGUUGUUCAACUUGGCAUAGAGAAUGACCCCUCUAAGCCACUGCAAGAAGUACCCGCCAGCACCGCAAGGCGUUCUCUCCGACAACGGAAUGCUAUCCAGCUGCAUCCUUACCUUGUGGAACAAGAAAAGUACCGGAAGACGUUGAAGGCAGGGGGUAUUGCACCUGUGAGGAUGGAAUCAUCCCCAGAAGAUUCACGCCGCCCACAUCAGCUCAGCUCCUCACCUGGCCUGGAAUCACAAGAACAGGAUUCGCAAAGCACUUUUUUCGAUCUAGGUGAACGCCAACACAAUGACAUGGACUGGGAUCCGACUACCUCAUCUCCGGUACGGCCAGAAGAAAUGCCUCCGGACGACGAAGUCAUGAAUGACGCUCUAUCAGGGGCCAAUGAUGACGAAGAUGAUGAGGAAGAAGAGUUUCCUGCUUUGAAUAAGCUUUUGAAAGGACCAUCACGAUUUCCGAAGAAAUCUGAGCCAAAGCAGCGGCUCAAGACAUAUGGGACCAAAUUCAAGCGUCCCCUACCAUCAGAGAAUCAAAUUCAACCUCCGACCCCGGUCCUCUCGAAUACUUCUGCAAUGAGAAUUUUCGAUAUACCUGCAUCGCCCCCGGCAACCAGUUCUCCGUUUGCUGCUGCCUCACGCCGCGGACGAGCUCCCUUGUCUCGUGCUGGAUCAAAUUCCAUCGAGCCAACGCGAAGCAUUGCAAGGGUCGACGACGCAUUUUUACAAACUAAUGAUCUUCCAACUCCAGCCACAAGUUCGGUGAAAAAUGUUCAGGUAAUGAUAGAUUCAGACGUGGAAAGCGAUGACCCGUUUGCCUCUGACGUUGAAAAGUCGCUUUCUCCCUCGUCCUCAUCGAACGAGUCUGAGAAAAUCCGCAGGAAAAGCAGGAAGAUUCGAGGUGUACUUCCUGCUUCAUACCUUCGACUGGACCAGGCGAAGAGAUCUAAACCAAGCAUUGAAACUCAUCGGGAUUAUGCCAGCAUUUCUCCUGUCAAAGACCCAUCUCGGCGUGGUGUUGCCUUGCCUCGGAUGCGUCAACACGCGAAAACUUCGUCGACUUCAGCCGAUGCAGGACUAGCAUUCCUCUCGGAUUCAGAAGACGAUGAGAACGAGCCAAUCAGUUUCGCAACGGAAGUGGAUUCUUUGGAAUUGGAAACUAUAUUCGAUCAGUCGCGGCUGGGAUUUGCCCUCGAGGAUGAUACGAUUGAUGCCAUGUUGCCGUCCAAGAAACGGACAUCAAGAGGCUCAACUCAAAUGCGUAAAAGAAGGAAGAUUGGAUCGGGCUUGGGAGCUCGAACAGAAUGUCGAGCAUACAACAAGUCAGAGCGGAUUACGGACUAUCUCAGGAAACCUGGAUCCAUGAGACAGUCAAAAUCUAGCGGAAGCAAGUCGGCCCGAAAGAAGAAUGACUUGCAACGUCCCAGAAAGCCUGCUGCUCCAAGGCUUAGCAUAUUGGAUGUAAUGGAUGAUGUGAAUAGAGGCGAUAGUAGUCUACCGGAUUUCAUAAAAAUUGCUGCCCGUACUGCUAGGUCUCGGGUAGGACAAGGUCGACACAGUCCUUCCAGAAAGUUCAUCAGGUUGGCAAAUCGUGCAGACACCCAGGAAGCUCAGUCGGUAUUGCAGGAUUGGAAGCAAGGCAAGCUUUCACGGAAGCCCCGCAAACCUCAAUCAAGUACACCUUCAGUGGCACAGAGAAGCGCACUCCAAGAGAUUACGAACAAUGCACAAGGCAGGCUUCCAACACCUGUCGGCAGGAAUGUACUAGAUGGACAUCAUUCUAUGUCAAAACGCAAAUUUGUGGUUUCUAGGCGCCAGCAAUCAAUGAACGACUUUGUGAGGAGGGACCAAGCAGCCCCUCAGGAAGUGGCUUAUCCUCGAAGUCAUAGUAUUAGCUCGAGAAAUGCGAUUAAACCACAAGGCCGCUAUCUUCCAGCACGCCCUGCACAGCUCGAGUCGACUGGAUUUCGAUACUCUGAUCCAUUUGAUGAUGCGUCAUUUAAGAGGAGGAAGAGGACACUUGAUGCUCUGUACAGGAACACACUCAAACGGCGCGUGCCACAGAUCAACCUCCAGUUGAGCCGAUUUCUUGCAGACGAUGAUGUCGUUCGGCCGUCCGUCGAGAAAUUUCCCGACCAGGACACUGCAGGAGCAGAAGCCGAUGAGCUCAAGGAGGUCGGUGUCGUCCGGCUGCCAAAGAAGUCCAGCCGGCGCAGGAAGCAAUCGCCUCACCGAAUUGAUGCAGGCGCUGCAAACUAUCGGCAGCCUACGGAUCCGUUGAUCCUAGACUUCUUCACCCCAAUAGACGAACCCAACGAUGACAACAGCAAGCUAUUAGGACUGGGGAAGUUUGGCACCAGUUAUCCUUACCAUUUCGACAUACUCCCUUUGCAGCCUGGGAUCUUCUUUCACGCAAGCACGCUCAUCGGCGGCCAUCGACUGGCAGAUGCUCUUCACGACAAGAGCCCCACUGCCUUGGCUCCCUCGAGAUCGUCGAUUCCGUCCUUGAAGUUCGCAGACAAAAUCCUUACUUGGACAACGUGGGAUGAACAGGUCUCUUCCGAAGUGGGUGUUUGUUUUGAUUGGCUUCUCGAUCGAUUCCAGGCCCAGCAGACGUCGAGCCCUCCCACGGCGGAUGCCAUUGAAGUCGUAAUAUUCAUACUGGAUUAUGUUCAGUUUAAUGUAAGGUUCGAUGGUACUCUCGAUCGGGAAGAUUUUGUUUCGAGAAUGAUAGAGGUUCUACAAGAUUUCUCAAAUCGUUUCGAUGCGAAGAAAACAUUUCAGCAAGCACAAAUCCGUCUCACUGUUGAAGUACUCUCUACGUGCAUUUUGAUCGUUCUGCGCCUGCUCAAUUCGAUUCGGACUCAGUCGGUAGCAAAUAUCUCGAGCUAUUUUGUUGAGGAUUUGCUCAAGUCGGUUUCUGGUCAUUGUAUCGACUUGCUUCUCUCUCAGGGACUUGAACCUGUUCGAAAACUAUAUGACGAUCUCCAGUACCUCUCUUUCAGAGAAAGAGGAAUCAAAGGCGACCAACACGCUGUUAACGCCUGGGUAAUACUCAUCAAGGUCUUGGGUGCUGCUGAGAUACCAAAGGGUUCCUUCUGGGAACUUGCCAAUGCUCGCCUUUUGAACAAUCCGAUGCAUAGAGUCAUUGACGCUCCAUCAAUGGAGAAACUAUGGUACGCAAUGUAUACUUUGCUUCCACUUUGUGAGUUUGAUGAAUUUGGCGUUGUCGUUCCCGGACUGCGACACACAUCAAAGUUCGAUAAUUGGUACCUGCCUCAACAGAUUCUGAAGCGGAUUUUUUCGCUGUACAAAUCAAACGAACGGCAAGCACCAGGGUUCAAUGAAUACUGCAGGGCGCUUUUCCACCGCUGUCACUAUCUCAUGACACAAUGGGGCUGGUGGAAAUGCCAUCCCAUCAUUGGAGCUUUAUUUGACUUCUUUGCUUCUCACAACCUGGCCCAUCUGCGCAAUGAGGAAGUCUACAAGUCGCCGCAUUUCUUGGAGCAGCUUGAUGCCGAGCCAAGUCUUGCUAUUGAAGCUGAGGACCGUUGCUUCCACAUAUUCCUCAAGAUCAUCGCUCUCGGCAUUCAGCAUCUAUCAAAAGCUGGAGACGUCAAGAGCAUCCGAAACCUCGUUGCUCGACUGCUGCCAAAUCAUGACAGACAGUUUCCAAAGGAGGAGACCAUCCAUCAUCGGGAUCUCUCAGCGUUACGAAAUCACCACGACAUUCUUUCCACGCUCUUUUGGGCAUCGCCACCCGCCCAGAGGCCAUCUCUAUCUCUUAUACAGGAACUCGUGAUCGCUGAACGCUCUCAUAAUGAAGCUUGUCUGAUCAACAUCAGAGCCUGGGAAAACCUGUCCCUAUUCAUUGUCACGAAAAACCUGGACAAUGAGGCAUACAAGCCUUUUACUAUAUGGCAGAGUGCUUUUUUUUCCAGUCUCUGCCAACAAUACCUCGAUGCGGAGCAAGACCUGCGACAGCAAGCAGAGCUUCUGGAGAAAAGCAGUGGCCAGGCGAUGUCAGAGUCGAAAAUUGUCAAGACUGUCUUGAUGAAUCGGCGAAGCAUCAUGAUUCCUAUGUGCACAUCUAUCAGGGCGAUGGCGAAUGCCAUCAAAGCUGCAAGAUCUUCGAAUUUGGCCAGGGAGGCUUUGAAUUGUGAUGUUUUUUCGAGGGCCUUGGACGCAGCAGUCCACACAAACGGUACACUGUCUAAGCCCCUGUUGGAUGAGUGUAGUGUGGCCCUCUGCAAAUACAUGGAUCAGAUCAAGCUGUUUCACCCGCCUGCUGCACACGAUAUUGUAGUUGCAGGUAAUGGAGAAGCCGAUAGCCAGGAUAGCCUGGAUAUUCUUGGGGGCUGGGAGCGCUUAGAAAUGAUACUUCCUCUGCGACAUAAUGUCCUAGACAAACUUUGUCCAUUAGUAAGGAGGUAUUUGGAAAGCGAAAUUGAAGGUGGUCAGGACAGGGCUAUGAUGACCCGUCUUGUUACUUGCUGGGCGCGCGUAAUAUCGCUUGUGUCGGAGGGAGGUGGAAUACCUCUCGAGUCAUUCCUCACACGCGGUCAAUAUGCAGUCUUUGAAAAUAGACGGACAUGCAAAAUUGCGGAACUGUAUUGGCCGUUGUUCCUUGCAAGUCUGCUUAUACAUGGCAAGACACUUUCAGACUUACAGCUUCCCAGUUUUAUUAUCGGGUUGGAAUGGUUACUGAGCCUCAUCAAUUGUCAAGCUAUUCCAGACCAUGUGAAAGCGUUCACUCUAGAGUUGCGCAAAAUUGGGCACUAUCUCACCGAAUUGGUUGAUCUCGACAGACUGGACCAGACGCACAUGGUGCGAGCCGCCAUUCGCAAGAUGAGCUCGGUUUUAAUAGAAGACGUGACGGAGGCUAAGGUCGGACUCCCGAUAAAGCAGGCACAUCGUCUCUUCUCAGACAUGCUUGGUGAAAUGAUGAAAUCGAUGCAACGCCUACUCGAGUCCUUAGAGCCCGGCACAGAUCUUCACAACUACCACCUCCAGGUCGCUCGCUCAAUAGUCUCGGAUAUUAGAAGUUAUGCGAGCGACUUCAGUACAGUUCCGGAAUUCUUCCUCAAAGAGUCGACCCAUUACUGGCCGCAUUACGACGACCCAUCUAUGUAUGGUGCCGGCCUCAUAUCGUAUUGUCUACGCCUAGCACAUCAACCCGACAAGACUACGAUGGGGUUGUUCUACUACCUCUUGAAUGGAUGGAAAAGCUCUAUGAUCUCUAAUCGCAUGCGUGGCUACAUCAGCUGCAUCCGCAAGGGAAUGAAAUGGUGGGACUUCACUAAGUUCAUGCUCUCCGACCUUGUCCCCGCUCUCAUUGCCACAGGCUUCCAAUUCUCAGGCUGGCUAAUAUGCUCAACUUUCCUCCCGGCAAUCAGCAACCAAGUUACUCGGCUCCUGUCCAACGCUGGCUCCAAGUCCGAAUGGGUCUUCGAGAACCUCCUCAACAUUCUCAAGAUGACAAUGAACGGCACCAUCACCUUCGCCCAUCAACAAGGCUACAACGUCAACGGCGUGCACCCCGACCAUCGCGGCAUUCUCGCCGUAGUCUAUAAGUUCUGGCUCGCAAUCGCACUUCCCAUGCGCGAAUACGCAACCCGGCACUCCCAGGAAGAAGCACUAGAAGAAGUGUCCGACCCGCUUAGCAGCUUCGUCUACAACGCUUUGCAUGCCUUCCACGCCAGAGGCGAGCAAAUCAUUCCAUACCCAGCCGGCCAAUUCGACGUCCAUCCCGGCAAAUACACGGAUAAAUUCGUCGAUGCUGUCGCCCAGGAGAUCAAAGAGACGUGGGAUUUUCAAGAUCAGCAGGGUUUCGAGGUGGUUGUUCGGGGGAGGGGGAGCGAGCGUAGUGCUGUGCAAGUAUUUGGAGAGGGAUUAGGGCGAGUGCUGGACGUGGAUGUUGAAAGGUACGAGUGCGCUUUUCCUGAUAAAGAGGAGUUGGUUUUGAGGCCGAAGAGGAACAUGUAUCUGGAGAACAUGUACUUUUAG